GCAUCCAGAACUGUAGCGCAUCCCUCUUUUUUUUUGCUCGCCUCCUCCUCCCUCUUUCCUUUGCCAGUUCUCUCUCUCCUCUGCUUCCCUUCAACACCCCCUUCCUCCCCCUCUCUCCCUCUCUCUCUCUCUCUCUCUCUCUCUCUCUCUCCGCCUCCCUAGCUAUAGGUCCUUCACUUUUCUGACGCACUAAAAGGGAAACGGACCUGAGCGGAGAAAGGGAAGAAGAGAAAAAAAAGACAAAAAAGAGGAGCGCAGAUAUGAUCCGCAUGCUUUUGCUUUUGUCGCUGCGCCGGACGGAGAAGCCGUCCCGAAGUCGGGGGGAGAAAGGGUGGAUUUGGGAGUGGAUGAACAGAAGAAGUCCAGGACCUGCAUUUUAACCCAAACUGCUGUAAGAAAAAAAAAAAGGGGGAGACGAAAAAGCAGGAGAAAGGACGCUCGCAUGCUUAUCACGUCUUCGUUUCUCCUCUCUUUUGCAUCAGCUAUACUGAGAGGGUGAGGAAAGAGGGAGAUAAGAGAAGGGGGAAGAGAGGACGAGAGAGAGAGAGAGAGAGAGAACGAUCUAACGAAAUUCAAACUAGUGGUCUUUUCCCCGAUGCUUUCCAAUUGCACUGCAAAACUGAGUAACGGCUCAGUCACCCUCAUUUCUCGUCCUCUUCCUCGCAGCCCGGCAUCGGACGGUGAGCGGGACUACAGGACACAUCUCAAGAGGAUAUGUGAAGUUGGAAAUCCCACGAAACUAAUGCUGUGAAGUGGCUCUCUCCCUGGAGCCAAGACUUCAUCCCCUUGGUGUCAGCGAGGAUGCUGUGGGUUACCUUGCUGAGCACCAUAGCCUUAGGAUGGACCACACCAAUCCCACUGCUGGAGGACUCCGAGGAGAUCGACGAGCCCUGCUUUGAGCCCUGUUACUGUGAGGUCAAGGAGGGGAUCUUCCAUGUCCACUGUGACAGCAAAGGAUUUACAAAUGUCAGCCAGAUCGCCCAGAUAUGGAGCCGGCCCUUCAAGCUCAAUCUGCAGAGAAACUCAAUGAGGAAGCUUUACUUUAACAGCUUCCUCCAUCUUAACAAUGCCAUCUCCAUUAAUCUGGGUAAUAACGCCUUGCAAGACAUUCAUGCUGGGGCAUUCAAUGGCUUAGGAAUACUGAAGCGGCUAUUCCUCCAUGAAAACAAACUGGAGGUUUUCCGGAAUGACACUUUUCUGGGGUUGGAGAGUUUAGAGUAUCUCCAGGCAGACUAUAAUGUUAUCAAAAGGAUUGAAAGUGGUGCAUUUAGGCACCUACACAAAUUGAGAGUGCUUAUACUCAAUGACAAUCUGAUCCCUGUGCUCCCAAAUUAUCUUUUUCGGUCUGUGUCUCUCACGCAUCUGGACUUAAGAGGAAACAGACUAAAGACAUUGCCAUAUAAGGGCACACUGGAGUUUAUUGGUAGGAGCUUGAUGGAAAUCCAGCUGGAAGAGAACCCUUGGAACUGUGUGUGUGAGAUUGUACAGUUAAAAACAUGGCUGGAGAGAAUACCUUACACAGCUUUGGUGGGUGAGAUCACAUGUGAGUACCCAUUCCACUUACAUGGCAAAGACUUACGAGAAAUCAAGCGCAGUGAGCUCUGCCCUCUGCUCUCCGAUGCAGAGAUUGAGGCCAAGCUGGGAAUUCCCCGGGUUCCAUUCAGCAAUGAGAACACUUGGCCUACUAAACCGUCCUCUAUGCUCUCCUCCUUUCAUAACACAGCCUCCUCUGUGGAGAGAGUUGUGAAGCCGACCAAACGACCUCGUCCCACAAAAACCCCCCCAACUCCUCGUAGCAUUUACCCAGGCAUCAACCAGCCCCCUAUUGCUGGUUACCAAACAAGACCUCCCAUCCCAAUAAUUUGUCCAACUGGAUGUAUUUGCAAUCUUCACAUCAAUGAUCUAGGGCUAACAGUGAACUGUAAAGAGAAAGGUUUUCAUAACAUGUCUGACCUUCUGCCUCGGCCCCUCAAUGCCAAGAAAUUGUAUCUUAGUGGAAACCUCAUACAGAAAAUCUACCGCUCAGAUUUCUGGAACUUCUCAAGUUUGGAUUUACUGCAUUUGGGGAACAAUCGGAUAUCCUAUGUCCAGGAAGGCGCCUUUAUCAACUUACCAAACUUGAAAAGUUUAUAUCUGAAUGGGAACGAUAUUGAAAGGCUCACUCCUGGGAUGUUUCGGGGGCUUCAGAUGCUAAGUUAUCUUUACUUUGAAUAUAAUGUAAUUCGAGAGAUUCAACCUCACUCUUUUUCUCUAAUGCCAAAUCUCCAACUGGUUUUUCUCAAUGACAACCUUCUGCGCUCCCUCCCUACUGAUGCCUUUGCGGGCACCAACCUUGCUCGCCUCAACCUCCGCAACAAUUAUUUCCUUUCCUUGCCUGUGCACAGUGUCCUGGAGCAUCUGACCUCCAUUGUCCAAAUUGAUCUCCAUCAGAACCCUUGGGACUGCUCCUGCAAUAUCAUUCCCCUCAAACAGUGGCUGGAAAAGCUUUCUUCUGUCAUUGUGGUUGGUGAUGUCAUCUGCAAGACACCAGAGUUUGCUUUUGGGAAGGACCUGCGUUCACUUGAAGUUGAGGUCAUCUGUCCUGAGCUUAACUAUCCUUCAGGACCCUCCCCAGUUCUGCCUGGUGGGGAUGACCUCGCCACAGGAAGCUCUGACAUGGGGGAAGCAGGUGGGAGAGGGCCCAUCCCACUGUCAGUCCUCAUCCUCAGCCUGCUCAUCCUCUUCAUCUCAGCUGUGUUUGUGGCUGCAGGGCUUUUUGCAUUUGUUCUUCGUCGCAGGAAGAAGCUGCCCUUUCGGAAACGUUCAGAGGUGGAUCUAACAGGGAUCCAAAUGCAAUGCAGGAUUUUUGAAGACCCACCGAGACAAAGCUGUGCAGGGAACAAUGGCACACCGGAGAAACCAGCGCCCAAUAUGCACACACACACUCACACUAGUCAUACACAUGCCCACGGGCACGUUUAUGAUUACAUCCCCCACCCUGUGACUCAGAUGUGUAACAACCCAAUCUAUAAACCUAGAGAGGGGGAGAUAGCAGAGGAGGACAGGGCACACUUUUCAGAAAAGAGAGACAAUGGUGGCAGCAGCAACAGCAACUACAGAACCUUGUUAGAAAAAGAGAAAGAGUGGACCUUGGCUGUCUCCAACUCUCAACUCAACACCAUUGUCACAGUCAACCACACCACAGCUGACAUGGCAGGAUUUCAUGAGAAUGGUGGGCUCUGCCCUACAGUGAUUGACAGUCAGAGGCCCACACCAACAGUGGGCUUUGUAGAUUGUUUAUAUGGGACAGUACCCAAACUAAAGGACAUGCAUGUUGCACAUGCACACCCACCAGGCAUGCAGUACCCAGAUUUGCAGCAGGAUGCACGGCUGAAGGAGACAUUGCUUUUCACGGCAGGGAAAAGCUGUUACUCUGACCCAUCCCAAAGCGAUUACCUGGAAUUAAGGGCCAAACUUCAAACCAAGCCGGAUUACCUCGAAGUCUUGGAAAAAUCUUACCGGUUUUAACAUCUGUAGCUCAUUGAAGGGGGGAAAAAAUACACACAAUGUCAUUCACUUUGCCACCUUCAAAACACAAUCAACCAAAACCAAUAUUAAUAACUAAACUUGAAAAAGCAGCAUGAUAUAAAAUACAAUAUUGUAUUACAGUCACAAUGUUUCCCCCUAAAUCACUUUGGAGGAGAGGUCAUUCUCAGAUAUUUCAAUUAAGUGCCUUUCUAUCAGAGUAGCCAGCAACGUCAACAACCAUUAUUUUUAUAAGAUAUAAAUAUCUCUAUGCGCCCACAAGAAAGCAAAAGAAGAACAAGAGGGGCAUUGGGGAAUAAAACUUAUAAACCAUCAUACAUCUGUCACUAAAAUUCAUUUUUAUGGAGUUACAAUGAUGUGGUACCAGUUACCAGGAAGACAAACGGGAGCUGGACGUCUCCCUGACUUGGGGCUUUUCUUUCAGUCUCUUUCACCCCAACUAGGAUGUACAAACACCAGGAGGCUGUGCACAUAAAGUUUGUAGAAAAGAAUUUGAAAGAGAAAAAAAAGAUACUUAUAUAAAAAAUGAAUUGCAGUCUGCUGCAUGCACUCGCUUCUGUGCAGGAAGUGAGAGGAUUUAAACAGAACUAUCAUGUCACAUUAUGAACAGAGAUACUGCAACACAUUUACAGUUCAGUGUUCUAUUUAAUUUUUAUAUCUUAUUAAUAUGGUUAUUACUAUUAAAGAGGACUUCUGUCUAUAUCAGGGUGCUUCUCAUAAAAAAGGAUGCGCCAACGCACGGAUGGUAAAACAUUUGUGAAUAUUAUUACAAGACAAUGCUGAGGGUUUUCUGGAUAUUUCCACCCACUUUGUUAAGACCCCCUCUGCUCCUCCUUCAUUGCUUCUGGAUUCCCCAUCGCCACCCACUAACGGCUUUGUAGGAGGCACUUUUAAUGUUUUCUCUCUCACAAACAUUUGAAGAAAAAUGUGCAUAUAUUUAUUCUGUAAUUUCAGUGAAGAAUUGAAUUGUAAAGGUAAUGUUAAAUCAAUGUAUAGUGAUUAUGCGUCUGGUAUAGCCUUCUUAAUAAAAACAAGCUCUUUAAUCAAAUGAUGAAAGGGUUGAUGCCAUGGGGACCUGUGUUGAGCAAUGUGUUGAGCAAUGUACUGACAGGGAGUGAAUUUGGUGUUCUACGGUAAGGUGAGGCCGGCCAUGUUGUGUUAAUAACGCUGAUGACAAAAUAAGAAAAGUGCUUAAAAGGAAAUUCAAGGAGGGCAAUAAUACCUAAACACAGUUCAGCUUCAGAAUAUUUUCAGGUGAACAUUCAUUUUAUUUAAAAUUACAGAAAAAGGGUUAAUAUAUAGGGACUGGAUCCUGUUGUUGUUGUCGUUGUUGUUGUUGUUGUUCUGAAGAUCUCACGAGUCAGAUAAGUUUUUUCUUUUCGAUGGAAUUCUGGACCUAGAUGGGUAAAGUGUGAAGGUAAAAUAAAAAUAGUGCCAGAACAAGUCAAAUGAAUGCUGCUGGUUUUGAAGUGGAUAGUGUAAGAAGUGAUACCAAAUCAGUGCUGCGAUUGUUGUUAUGUAAACGGGUAAUGCUGAUAUAGGCCAAUAAACAGUAAUCAUGAGGGUGACUGAAAAUGUGACUAGUAGAUGCUCUUUGAAUUUGCACAUCUAAUUUCUCGCUCCUCCUCUAAAGUGGCUAUGUUGGUUCAGUCCACCGGGGGGCGAUAAAAAGAUAUUAGGAUCAAUUUUUUGAAUCAGAGUUGAUGUAGUUAUAUGCUACUAUAAUGCACAAAAUGCUUAUCAGGACAGCUUAUUAAGAAUCACUUAAGAGGAAUGCUCAUAUGAAUUAUUUUCAGAAUAUUUAUAUGUAAAACCUUUCAUAUUUCAUUAGCUAAACCAGUUCAUUCCGCCCUUUUUAUUUUUAUUUAGACAGGAAAAUCCCUCAAGAUUAAUCAAGGUGGAAGCAUAAUUUUAAAGGAUCAAAGCAACUCUAAGGGAGCUGAUCAAUUUUCCCACAUUUUGGCUUUUUUUUGUUUGCUUGUUUCAAAACUGUUACUUGUUUUCUCUCUGCAGGGGAAUCACUUGGGGGCCAACUUAUCCCAAAUAGUUUCCACAGUCAUUUUAUGAUUACUUUACAUUUAUAGAACUUCCGCAUUUCACAACUUGCACAGAUGCCUUUGGGGACCAAGAGUUGAAAAAUUAAAAAUAAAAGGUUUCAAACUGAACCAAAAAAAAUUGUCAAUAUGCCAUUUAAAAACACAACAUUCUUUUAAUUUCUCUAUCCUAAAGCAGACUUAAAGUUCUUUUUUUAAGGGGUUUGAGGUUAUGAUGCCAUACUGAUGUCUAUAAAUUUGUGAAUAUUUAUGGAAGAAAGGUGCAUUUGGUUUUAUUUUAAAAUGGGCAUGAUAUGCAAUUUGCUUUAAUUCCAAUGUUUAGUACGAGUGGUUCAAAUUUGGUGUUAUAGUUUCUCAUAUGUGUCAGCUUACACUCAGUGGAAGAUAUGUAGCAAACCACUUUCUUUCCUAUUAAAUGGGGAACAUUAGAUAAUGUAGAGCAGUCAUCUGCAGUAUUGGUCAUCCGUGAUCCAGUCUAUUAGCUUGCAUUAUAUGGAACAUUUUACCUUGUGUUGUAUUCAUUGUUCCAUUAUUUUUUGACAAUUAUUGUUGCUCAAAUGAGCGAAGGAUAACUUCAUAUAAAGCCUUUGGAAGCAUGGUUGUAUAAAGUCAAGGCUCUGUUUGUUUUUAUAUAUCUAUAUCUAUAUCUAUCUAUAUAUCUAUCUAUCUUUAUAUAUAUAUAGAUAGAUAGAUAUAUAGAUAUAUAUAUUUUCAGAAAAUUUCACAGUACUGUACCUUCAUGUUCUGCUUCACCUCAUGUGUCUUCUUUCUUUCUUUUUCCCCCUUUCUUCUGUACUUUAUGACUUACACACAUGUUCAUACAGAUACACAUGCGCACAGACACAUAAAACCUUCUUCCCCUGACCACAAGGUCAGACUAUAUGGUCAGCAUUUUUAGUGUGCACUCAAAUUGAUUAAAUAUAAUGUUAUCUCCAACCCUCCGUAUGCCCACCCACUCUCAAAUGAAUAGAUGAAUAAAGUUUUGGAAUCAUUGAUCACUCUUGCAUUAGUUUAUAUCUUGGCAAUCUUCUGCCCACCUCCUGCAUCAUCCACCCACUAUUAUAUGUCUGAAAUGAGUGCAGGGCUUUGUCCCAUUAUCCCUUGGUGAAUGGUUUUAUCCCAAUAAACCUCCUGCUGUCCUGCACUAAGAUCAGCAAGUAACUUUAUAUUGGCGUUGGGACAUAAAUGCAACUAAUGGUAAUGGAGGUUGUCUAAAUUCCUUUUUUGUGUGAAAUGUAUAUACGGUACACUCUUAUUCUUUAAAUCUUAAAUCUCUGUCAAUCAUUUCUACAGUUUUCCAUGGUGUUCAGCUUUUCAUCAUCUCAUGAUUUUUCCAUUAGCAAGAUGUGUGCACUAUAAAUACAAUAUUAGUUUUUUCUUUCCUUUGGUGGUUUUGUGUUUCUGCCUACACAUUUUUUUGUUCUUGCCAUUGAUUGCUGUCUCUGUCUGGUUAAAUUAUACCUUUGUAUUGUGAUCCUCAUAUAAGGUGCUGGGAUUUGGUUCCUUCAUGUCACAGUGGUUAGGUCACAUUGUUUGGAGUUUAAAUUUAAUUCAUUAAUUUGUGGUCAGUGUUGCUUGAGGUUUUAUUUUCCUCCACUAAAAAUAUUAAUUCCAUUGCUCUUUUGCACUUCCCAUCCCUUAACAAUGGUGAAUCAAAAGAAAUGAAAUGUGUAUCAUAUAUCAAAAACCUUACUAUCAAACAAAGGAUGGACUGUCUUUUGAUUUGGAUCGACGGCACUUGAUGACCAGCUUGUGGGUAAUGUUGCACAGAUGAUGUGGGGUUAGCUGCAUUCAAAAGCCGAUAGUGAAAUGCUAUGUUGCAUUCAUUCUUCAUGGCUCCUCGUAUGGACAUAAUUUGGCCCUCUCAAUUAUGUUAUCUUUUUACUAGUGUUUUGUCAUGUUCUUACUUGAGGCAUUUAUUUCUGAAUGCUUCAUGUAAUAUGAUGCUGAAAGCUUAUUCACUUAAAAAAACAGUUAUAUUACAGCUGGCUGAUAUGAACCAUUGCAUUGCUGUUGCAAAUUAAGUUAUUUUCUGAGAUAUGAGAUACCACCUUGCCUCGCUUACUUUGUUGCAUUUAUUGUCCAGAAGUCCAUUCACUACUACGGGAUCCUACGUAAUUGCUGACGUAGUUGGGAAACUCCUCAUUCUGGUGUUUUUUCGACAAUGAUAAUUGUUUUAUGUGUAUUGAAAAACUUGGGAGGCAUUAAAAAAAAGAU